AUCCUCCUCCGGUCGCCUCCUCCCUCCCGCCCCGGGCUGCGCGGCCCCCGCCGCCUCAGCGAGCGCUGCGCACAUCGCCCGAGCCUGCAGCACCGAGCGAAUGUAUGAAAACAUGUCCACAAUGGUGUAUUUAAAGGAAGAGAAGUUGGAGAAGCUCACUCAAGAUGAAAUCAUUGCCAAAACUAAGCAAGUGAUUAAUGGACUAGAGGCACUGAAGAAUGAACACAAUUCCAUUUUACAGAGCUUACUUGAAACACUGAAAUGUUUGAAGAAAGAUGAUGAAACUAAUCUGGUUGAAGAAAAAUCAAACAUGAUUCGAAAGUCACUGGAAAUGCUGGAGCUUGGCCUUAGUGAAGCACAGGUAAUGAUGGCCUUGUCAAAUCACUUAAAUGCAGUUGAAUCAGAGAAGCAGAAAUUGCGUGCUCAGGUUCGCCGGCUGUGCCAGGAAAAUCAGUGGCUACGGGAUGAAUUAGCCAAUACACAACAGAAACUACAGAAAAGUGAGCAAUCUGUGGCUCAGCUGGAGGAAGAGAAGAAACAUCUAGAAUUCAUGAAUCAAUUAAAAAAAUACGACGAUGAUAUUUCACCAUCAGAGGAUAAAGAUACAGAUUCCACCAAAGAGCCUUUGGAUGACUUAUUUCCCAAUGAUGAAGAUGACCAAGGACAAGGAAUUCAACAGCAGCAUAGCAGUGCAGCAGCUGCUGCCCAACAAGGAGGCUAUGAAAUUCCAGCAAGAUUAAGGACCCUUCAUAAUCUCGUCAUUCAGUACGCGUCCCAGGGUAGAUACGAGGUUGCUGUACCUCUCUGCAAACAAGCUCUGGAAGAUCUGGAGAAGACUUCGGGGCAUGAUCAUCCUGAUGUUGCCACUAUGUUGAACAUUCUUGCUUUGGUGUACAGAGACCAGAACAAAUACAAAGAUGCAGCGAAUCUCCUGAAUGAUGCCUUGGCUAUCCGUGAAAAGACUUUGGGCAAAGAUCAUCCAGCGGUGGCAGCAACUCUAAACAAUCUUGCAGUACUUUAUGGUAAACGAGGAAAGUACAAAGAAGCUGAACCAUUGUGUAAGCGAGCUCUGGAAAUCAGAGAAAAGGUUCUGGGAAAAGAUCACCCUGAUGUUGCCAAACAAUUAAAUAACUUGGCUUUGCUAUGCCAGAACCAGGGUAAAUAUGAGGAGGUUGAAUACUACUAUCAGAGGGCACUGGAGAUUUACCAAACUAAGCUGGGGCCAGAUGAUCCGAAUGUUGCGAAAACGAAGAAUAACCUGGCAUCCUGCUAUCUAAAACAGGGCAAAUUUAAGCAAGCGGAAACUUUGUAUAAAGAGAUUCUUACUCGUGCUCAUGAACGGGAAUUUGGCUCUGUAGAUGAUGAAAAUAAGCCUAUUUGGAUGCACGCGGAAGAGAGGGAAGAAUGCAAAGGAAAGCAAAAAGAUGGCACAUCUUUUGGAGAAUACGGUGGCUGGUACAAAGCUUGCAAAGUUGACAGUCCAACAGUAACAACUACCUUAAAGAACCUUGGGGCACUUUACAGACGACAGGGCAAAUUUGAAGCUGCUGAAACAUUAGAAGAGGCAGCAAUGAGAUCUCGUAAACAGGGUCUUGACAAUGUUCAUAAACAGAGAGUUGCUGAAGUGCUGAAUGACCCUGAGAGCAUAGAGAAAAGGCGAAGCCGAGAGAGCCUCAAUGUUGAUGUGGUAAAGUACGAGAGUGGUCCUGAUGGAGGCGAGGAAGCCUAGAUGCCUUUUGUGAUUCUUAUACUGUCUCCUGCAUGACGGGCGUGCACCAUCUUCAAGCUUUAACUUCUCUCUUCAGUACUGACUGCUGUGUCUUAGCAAACCCCUUACGAUUCUUGUCAGAGCUACACUUCCCUGUAAACUGGCCAUUCCUUCAGUGCUGGUGUCCUCUUUUUUUUUUCUUCUUUUUUUUUGGGGGGGGUUUUCUAUUUCUGUACCCGUGUAGCUUUGCCAGAUAUGUAUCUAGUCAUACAAAAUGUUAUUACAACCAUUUGCUGUGUAAUACAUUAGAGAAAAAAAAAAAAGUAACGAUGAACUUUAUAAGUAGCUGUUCACUAUGGAAAAAAGGUAGUUAAAAGUAUCACACAAGGUAUUAUUGAAAUGGCAUGAUGGUGAUCUUUACAGGAGAAAAACAAAACAAAACCCGUAACAGUAAGGCAUGUUCUCCAAGUGCUUUAAAAUGUAUUUAGAGACCUAUUACAUGGUUAACAUCAAUAUGGAACUCUGGAUGUCUUCACUUAUGAUUAUUCUAAAGUAGCAUUGCUGUUUAGUCUUUGUGUGAGAUUUUAGCAAUUAUGCUUUUCGCUACUAAUCUUGGUGUUCAGUGAUUUGUGUAUUUGUCUUUCUAACUUCUAAUAAACUCACUCCAACUCA